UGAAGAACAAGUUUUCGAAGCAUGUAUGAGAUGGGUCAAGCAUGAUGUAGAAAGAAGAAAGGAAUUCUUACCUGAAUUGCUCUCUUUAGUACGACUGCCAUUACUGUCACCUUUGUAUAUAACAGAUAGAGUAAGAAACGAGGAUCAGAUUAGAUAUUCCAUACAGUGUCGUGAUCUUGUGGAUGAAGCGUUAACAUUUCACUUAAUCCCAGAAAGGAGAGCUCUGAUACAAAGUUUUCGAACUGAACCAAGAGUGUGCGACAUCAAAGGAUAUAUUUAUGUCGUUGGAGGUCUCAACAGGCAUGGUGAUUCUCUUUCUACCGUUGAGUAUUAUGAUCCUAAAAUUGAUAAAUGGAACAUGGCGCCGCCAAUGUCCAUGAUGAGAUCCCGCCUGGGCGUGGCAGUGCUGAAAAGUAAACUGUUUGCUUUUGGAGGUUAUAACGGAAAAGAUAGAUUAUCCAGCGUAGAAGUUUAUGAUGCCAUCAGGAAGGAGUGGUCAACCGUCACUCCGAUGAUUUGUAAAAGAAGUGCUCUAGGUGCUACAGCUUUGGGUGAUAUUAUUUAUGUAUGCGGUGGGUACGAUGGUGUAACUUCUUUGAACUCUGUAGAAAGGUAUCAUCCAGCAACGAGUUCAUGGUGCUCCUUGGCUCCUAUGAACAAAUCAAGAAGUGCUGGUGCCGUCAUAGCGUGUCAAGGAUUUAUUUAUGCUCUCGGAGGACACGACGGGCUCUCAAUAUUUGAUUCAGUGGAACGUUAUAAUCCAGCUACCAAUACGUGGAUGGAAGCACCUCCAAUGCUCACUAAAAGGUAUAUUAAUGCUUUGAAUGUCGCCAACUCCUUGGUCUUUCGAAUAUCAAAAAUACUCGUUAUAAUCCAUACAAGUUAUAAUGAAGAGAGUCGUAUUUUCAGAUGGACCUAUGUUGCGCCCAUGAACGCCCAGAGAAGUAGAGUGGCUCUCACGGCAAAUAUGGGUAAAUUAUGGGCCGUGGGGGGCUACGAUGGAAUAUCCAAUCUUGUCACAGUGGAGGUUUACGACCCGAAAGCCGAUAAAUGGACCUAUGCUGCAGAUAUGAUAGCUCAUGAAGGAGGAGUCGGACUUGGUGUUAUUUCGAUACCAUGAAAAUGUGUCUAUUAU